CUUCCCUUUGGGUUCCUGAUGGACGCGGCGGUCUGGACCCGUCAGCCUGCAGAAUGUAGCCCCCAGCACGAGCCUCAAAUAACUGUGCCUACGUAGGUUUUUUUUCUUAGCUUCUGAAAUCUUCUGUUUAAAGCACUGCUCAGGAUGAAGAGGAAAAAUUGAAGUGGUCCAGGACGUACUCCAAAUCAGUGUAUUAUCGUAAAAACGAUCCAGAAAUUAUAAUUAUUAAAAGACCGUGUGUUUUUGGGUGCAUUGAUUUUAUCUUCAUUUUGCUGGGCAGAAAGCCAAGACACCAGUCUGCCUGGUUCAGGGCGUGACCCCUAGCCAGCCAGGUUUGGAGCUUCAGAGCCAUGGCAACUGAGGGGUCAGGAGAUGCCAAAGCAGAUUUAGCCCUCUCAUCAGCCGAUCAGAUCAAGCAAGUGUCUGAAAAAACAAACUAUGCUCUCAAAUUUACUCUUCUGGGACAUACGGAAGCAGUAUCAUCAGUUAAAUUUAGUCCAAAUGGAGAAUGGCUAGCAAGUUCUGCUGCUGAUAAAUUAAUUAUAAUUUGGGGAGCUUAUGAUGGAAAACAUGAGAAAACAUUUUAUGGUCACACUCUGGAAAUAUCAGAUGUUGCCUGGUCAUCAGAUUCCAGUCUUCUUGUUUCUGCCUCUGAUGAUAAGACUCUGAAGAUUUGGGACGUGGGAUCUGGACAAUGUUUGAAAACGUUGAAGGUGCACAAUAAUUAUGUCUUCUGCUGUAAUUUCAAUCCACCAUCCAAUCUCAUUGUUUCAGGAUCUUUUGAUGAAAGUGUGAAGAUAUGGGAAGUGAAAACAGGAAUGUGUCUUAAAACGUUGUCUGCUCAUUCUGACCCAGUUUCUGCUGUUCAUUUUAACUGUAAGGGGUCCUUGAUAGUGUCAGGUAGCUAUGAUGGUGUCUGUAGAAUCUGGGAUACUGCAUCAGGUCAGUGUUUAAAAACACUUGUGGAUGAUGAUAACCCUCCUAUCUCUUUUGUAAAAUUUUCUCCUAAUGGUAAGUAUAUCCUCAUUGCAACUUUGGACAACACUCUUAAACUGUGGGAUUAUAGCAGAGGCAGAUGCCUGAAGACAUAUACUGGCCAUAAGAAUGAGAAAUAUUGUAUAUUUGCUAAUUUCUCAGUUACUGGUGGAAAGUGGAUUGUAUCUGGUUCAGAGGAUAACCUAGUUUACAUUUGGAACCUUCAGACUAAAGAGAUUGUACAGACACUACAAGGUCAUACAGAUGUUGUAAUCUCAGCAGCUUGUCACCCUACAGAAAAUAUCAUUGCAUCAGCAGCAUUAGAAAAUGACAAAACAAUUAAACUGUGGAUAAGUAAUUACUGAAUCCUUUAAAAAUCAAAUUAGUAUGGCCAAGUUGGCAAAGUUGCAUACUUUAAAAGGUGGUUUCUCCUAAUUUGGAAUGGUUUUGGAUUUUUUUUUUAACAUCUUGGAUUAGAAGAUAUUAAGACUUACAUUCUAAAUUUACAAAGCAAGAUGGUUGGAAAGCAGAGCUAGAACUGAGGGUGCCUGACUUAAUCUCGAGGUCUGUUAGAAUCUUUUGUGUCUAUCUCCAUGUAUUUCCAUUCACUUCCGCUUAAAGACUAGAGGAUUUUCAUAUUUGAGAAAUAUUUAGUAGUAAGGUUCACAAGACAACUUAAGAAGGAGCAAGGAAUUUUGUAAUACAAAUUUGUAAUACAAAAUCUGGGAGCUUAGAUGAGUAAAAGCAUAAGCCGGAGAUUGUGGAAGAUUAGAGAUGUGUAUUAAUUGCCACCCCCAACUUUAGGUGAUAGCCCACAAACUGGACAUAAAAUGGUUCAUAGAAUCAAGUGUGCAAAUUGGGAAAUAAGUCAUGCUUAGGUUCAUUCCAAGUAAAAACUAAGUUGUUACAAAGAUCAAAAUUGAAAACGGCAUUUCCUGAAGGCCCUCUUACUACCUUGUCAGGUUGUGCCCCCAUGAUCUUCAGGCAAGCUAAAUGUCUGAAUGUUAAAGGUGCUCUCUUCCCUUCUGUCAGAUCUACUCACUUCUGUUUCACACUUAGCUCAGAAAUCACCAUUUUGUGGAGCUAUCAGUGCUUCUCUGACUUCAACCACAGUUGAUAACCAAGUUAGGUUUACUUCCUUUUUCCAUAACUUGUUAUAUAUAAAGAUCAAGACAUAUCAUUUACCACUUGAUAGUGUAUUGGUUUCAUGGGCCACGUUUCCAGUAAAUAAGAUACAUGCCAGGUCUGCAGUUAAGAAGUAUGUUUUACUCAUCUUUGUAUUCUUGGUUUUUGUACAUAGAAGGGACUCCAGUAAUGUUGGAUGAAUGAUAAUGAUGCCAGGACUACAACUUCACUGAUUCCCCACCUGCUUUCAAUAAAUUUUAGUUAUCAAUACCCUAUACUAUUGACUAAAAUGUAUCUGACCACAGCCUUACACAUACUCACUUUAUUCAAACAGGGCUUCUAGGAAAUACAGAGUGGAAAACUUUACCUGAGGAAACAUGAUAAACAUGCAAAAGUAUAUCUCCAAAUUAAGCAAAAAAUAGCGUAAUUUAACAAAGCAACACAGGAAAAAUUGUCGUAGUUCCUUUGUAUCUUUAUCUUAAAAGAAUACUAAUUAGAUUUGUGUGAAAGUUCUGAGAAAUACUGGGGUAUGAUUAAGUUGUUAAUGUUAGGACACUGGGAGAGAUGUGAUUAGAUAAGGCUAUGGACAAGUCUGAAAUUCUGGCCAAGAAAUUCCCAUUUAACCCAUACAGAGGUAGUCACUAUAGUUAAAGAACAGGGGAAUGACACAAGAUGAAAAAUUAUAUAAACUCAUACUGCAUGGUAACAUUGGUGUGCUCUGAUUUAAUGAAACAUUUUUAUUAUAAUUUCCAAGAUAAAACAAAUGUUUCUUCAGAAGAGAAAAUACUAUUCUAUGAAGAGAAAAUACUUUAUUUUAAAAGAAAUACACGAAGAUUUACCCAUAUUUAAAAUACUGUAUUAGUUAAGAUACAACAUUCAUAAGUGUGCCAAAAUAAUUAAGAAAUCUGAUAAUACAUAAGCAGUUCCUUUUGAUAAAUUUGCAAGUGGUAACAGUCAAGGAAUGUAGUAUCUAAAAAAAGCUAAGGUUAAAUUACUCAAAGUACAUACACAGAUAUUAAUGCCAUCAGAUGGAUUAUAAAGCUAUAGAUUGGUUUUAUUAAACUGAGUUCCCAAACAACUGUAGCUAUUACUUUCUAAUGUGUUAUAACCCUCUGGGGAGAACUAGCAGGUUAGGAUGGCUAUGAGAACUUGUCAUCCACAAAUACACAUGAAGCAUGUGAGAAUAAAUGUUUAAAAGCCUGCAUUCACACUGGACAACUUGGCACCCCAAAGUGUAAAUAAGAUACAUACCAGGUGUAAGUGAUGCUGGGAUUUCAAAGUCCUCAGAAACGCAUGGUCAGACCGUACCCAUCACCCUGGCAAGACUUUUUCAAACACUGUUCUCCUAAAAGCUUGUCUGCUGCCCCACCCCCCAAGAGGGCAAAGUGGGUUCGGAUGCUUCCCAGGUUGCUGAGAAGCACCACUGCACAGGGGGUGGUUGGCUCUUUAUGGGGCACCUGAGCCGUGUACUCAACUGACUUUCCCCAGAAAUGAUGUUAAGAGGGAAACACAGAACUAGACGUCACUUUGGCAUCUAGGUAAAGUUAUUUUGGCAAUAGGAUUUAAAGUAAGAUA